GUUUUAAAUUUAAAUCGCACCGUCGCAAUAGAAAUGAAUGUAAACAAUCUGGAUUUCACCGCAUAUACACAUAUUGUAUAGCAGAAUUAAAGUCUUAACCCUUAAAAUGGAUGAAGAUGUUAGACAAUGUUUUAUAGGAAUGAUUUUCGUAUUUACGUUGGGAGCUCUACACAUUUUCGACAGAUUGGAUGAAGUUUACAUGGAAGGACUAACACGGGACAAGGAGUUGUCGUCCCUUAAACAGAGAAAUGAAGACUUAGAAGUGAAAGUAGAAAUUUCAAAAAUUGAACUGUCUUCCCUAAAAACAGCAAUGGAGAAAUUAACAGAGGUAGAAACUUUGAAAGUUGAACUGUCUUCCUUAAAGACAACAACAGAAGAAUUAACAGAAGAGAUAAAAAGAAUGAAGAAUACUCCACCAGAUGUAUUUACAGGUCCAAUCAAUGUAUUUCUGAAAAGCUGUUUGGAUAUUUUGAACAAUCACCCUGGCGCUAAGGGAAAAGAUGGUGUAUAUCAGAUAUAUGUGAAUUAUCAACUUAAGUCAGUAUACUGCGACAUGAGUACCGAUGGAGGAGGCUGGACGGUCAUCCAACGGAGGAAAGAUGGAUCAACCGAUUUUUACCGGACAUGGGAUGAUUAUAAACACGGAUUUGGCGAUCCGUCUGAAGAAUACUGGAUUGGAAAUGACGCAAUUCAUGAUUUGACCAAAACGACACAGCAGGAACUCCGGAUUGACCUUCAAACAUCUGAUGACAAAUUUUAUUGCCUAUAUUCUAGAUUUGAGGUCGGUAAUGAGAUCAGCAAAUACAAACUCACGGUGGAGGGUUAUUCCGGAACAACGUGUGACAGUUUGAAAGAUUACAAUGGAAUGAAAUUCUCUACAUACGACCAGGAUAAUGACGAGGAUGAUAAAUUUAAUAUUGCGGAAUUGUGGAAGGGAGCCUGGUGGUUCAGAAAGUUUCCCUACACAAACCUGAAUGGGAAGUACGCCGGUAAAAUUAGAUGGCGCUAUUGGAGUUUUUCCGAAUCGCUUAAAGGAACGAAGAUGAUGAUAAGGUUCAAAGGUUAAAUCAAAAUACAAUGCACUGUGUAAGAGCUGACACAUUUAUUUUUCUAGAUAGAUAGAUAAAGCAAGAUACUUGAUGGCACAGGGAGAAGGAUAGAAUUAGUAUAUUCACAUGAAAAUUAGAUUAUUCUCUUAUAAUUUGAUUUGUAGCCAGAGUCUAUAGAUAGAUGUGAGAUAUCAUAAAUCGGGUGAGUUUGGCGCACUGGAUAUGUUGGUUGUUUUCGCUAAAAAUAAACGCACUAAAAUUUCUUUCCUUUGUUAAAUGAAACCGCUUCAAACUUUAAUGUGCUGAACUACUUUAUUUGAGAAAAAGUCGCCAAAUAUUCCCACCGCCAAAUUUGUACUAUAUACAGUUUAUAGUAUUGUAUAUUGAUGGUUUUGUGUAUUGUUAUUUAUUUUCCAUUUUCCUUUUAAGUUUGUAUGGGACUACUCGUAUAAUCAUGCUAUCAAGAUAAAGUUUGUAUUCUAUCAUGCGACAAAAAUCAUACAAUUGAUAGAUGUAUUUAUCAUUAUCUCUUUUAGUGGAGUAAUUAACCUUAAUUUUUGCUUGUUUUGUCUUAUUUUUCUGGGCAUCCUGUCAUCGUAAUCUAAGUGAAGAGAGGGCAUACUUGAAAGAUGUAUAACGACUUUAAAAGUAAACACCAGAUAGAAAAUUGCAUAGUGUACAGGGGGCCGUGUUUACCCUAUUCUCUUUGUAUUCUAUAUAGGAAUUAAGAGAUUGAUCUAUGUUCGUUGUCGACAACGACGUGCUUGGCAGGUUUACAAAACAUCGUGAAGGUUUUGAUUUGGUUAGUAACACUAAUGAGAGAAUACACUUUUCUGGUGAUGUGGAAUGAAAUGAAUGAUUUUGUGAAGAGUGACUAUAAUUCAUUACGGAUGUCAUAUAAUUUGCAAAUAAGAAUUGAUUAAAAAAAAUCAUGAGGUA